AUGAGGAUCGUGUUGGUUGUGCUGUCGCUGCUGCCAGUUGUAGCAUCUUAUGCUUUUGACAAUGUCGGCUUCGGAUUCCGUUGUAGUCCCAAUAUGAACUUUCGUUAUCUCUUCGAAAACGAGUCAGUUUUACCGUAGUUUUGCUUUUUUUACUGUCUACUUUGGCUGAGAUACGACGAAUUAAAUAUCUUGGUAGAAAAAGAUAGGCCUAAAAUAUAUUUUUUUAGCUUUUUAAUGAUAUUAUUUAUGUUCUUUCUAUUUCUUUUUUGACUAGACUAUGUCCAACCUGCCUAACUUGCCUUAUUUAGGCCAGAAAUAAAGCUAAUCUGUCAAACAACUGAGAUGCUAGUCAAGUUUGCCAGAGGUGGAUCGAUGAAGUUCAAUGUAAUUCCUCCAAUGUGUGACACUAAGUAAGUGCUUGUCUUUCUGUUGAUUACUGAUAUGAUUUUUGUGUAGUAAUCGACUAAAAGUAUAUUGUUUUAGAAUAUCCGAUCCCAUCAACAUCAGAAUCGGUAAAUGUGACUGGUUGGCCGCCAGAUACAAUCACUAUCAGAGAUACUUUUUGGUCCACGUUGGAGGAGAACGACAAGGUAAUUUGCGAAAUGUUUUGAGUACCGUACUCUUUACUUUUUGAUCUAGUGCUUACUGCAUAGCUUCGCUUAGAUUAGCAUGGCUACUGUAGUUUGCUUCUGUGCUUAUUAAUGUCUCUAUAGUAAUAAUGAAGUGUAAUCUAUCGUGUUACAGUCUCGGUUGUCCCUGGAACUACCUUGAAUGUAGAACUUUAUGGGGAAAAUAUCAUUUUGAAUAAAAUGAAGUUUACACAUCCCAAUCCUGAAUGUAGGAUGCGCUAUUUCAAACCGGAUGACGUUACUAAGUUCCGAAUCCGAGCUCCACAGAUUAACGCGUCCUUGGCCUACUGUCCUUACAGAAUCGAGCUUGUAAGUUAUUUUUACUUUGAGGAUUUAGUACUGGAAACAUUUGUAAUACUUUGAUAUCAGUAGUAAUAGUUUAUUUUGUUGAUUAAAGAUUACUUGAGAAAGAUUGCAUGUUGUACAUUUUAGGGAAACAGUAUGGAACUUGUAACGUUCGGAUAUACUCAACAGAGCCGUGAGGCCAUCGUUCUCAUAAAGAUGGUUGCGGGUUUCAUAUGUUUAGUGUAAGUUGCUAAGUAUAUUUAAAUUUACAUAAACAACUUUAAAAGUUGUGUUGUUAGUAUUAACUUUGUGUCAUGACGAAUGUAAUACGAUUGUACUGAAUUAUAUCUUUUACAACUAUUUAAAUUAUACUUUAUACCAUUAAUUACCUGUUUAGCAUUGCCUGCGUGUGCUUGUCGUGCUCUAUCUGUUGCUGUCAAACAUCGAAGAGAAGAAAGUCCAAGAAGUUGUUGGAGACAUCCAAGAAGGGAUCUCCGAAGUCAGAAAAGUCCAAGAAGUCUGCAAGAUCCUCUGCCAAGAAAGGUUCCAAGAAGGGCUCUAAGAAGAAAGCCAAGAAGGGCUCUAAGAAAAGCUCCACUAAGAGCUCCAAGAAAGGCUCCACGAAGGGCUCCAUGACGUCUGCUCCUUCCGACAAGUCUCUAAAGCCAUCUGCUCCAAUUGUCGAGCAGUAG